AUGACAACAUCACAACGCAAACGUUCGACAGUUGCGACUGCCGCUAACAAUGAUUCUGAUCCUGAACAAGAAACUGUUUGGCACUUAGACAAUCAACGUCUCUCAACUCGAAUCUUUCUCGCUUCAAUGAUCAUUGUUCUUUCAUUUCUCAUCCUCUUUACUUCAUUGUCCUAUACAACACAAACCGUGAUCGUACAACAGCCAUCAGUGGAUGUUUAUAGUCAAUUAGAAACACACCCAUAUGCAAAAACACUCGUCUGCCCAUGUACAUCAAUUUUAAAUGAAUACAAAAAUUUCAUAUCGUUUCGACCAACAUUUCACCAAAUUUGUUCGAGCAUUUUUUUAGGUCAACAAUGGUUAGAUUAUUUGCUAAAAACAAGUGCUAUCAUAUAUAUAAGAGACUUUCGGGCUGCUGGUUUAGCAUUCUUUCCACUUCUUGGAACACUUUGCAAUCUAUCAUUAGAAACAAUUAGCACUGAACUGUUGAACUUCAAUGCAACAAAAUACGCUACAAAAAAUUUACAACCACGCGAUCUCUUUCAAUCUGAGGCACAGCAAAUUACAACUUUAUUUCAGCAAACAACUAGAAAUUCAUUUUUAUUACAGUUAGCCAUUUUUCAACAGACAAUUAGUAGCAAUGCAUUAUUCAAUGGAUGGCUAACAAAUUAUUUUUAUGGACUGUCAAAUGUGACUGAUUCACUCAAUAUAGUCUUUUAUCCGUCUUUCUACACGCCCGACGAUAAUGAUCUUAAUAUUACUUGUUCAUGCAAAUAUUCUCCUACCACAUGCGGUCAAUCAUCUGGCAUCUAUAAUCUUACAAAAGGGCGUGUAAGAUAA